AUGAGUGUUUUGUUUGGCAAGCGUCGUCGCGCGCCUGCGCCCAAACUGCUCAAUGAGGAGUCCACACCUGCUGUCUCAUCCGACUCAGAUUCUAGUAUCGAGACAAUCGCCAAGAGCGACAAAGUGCAGGUGGAGAACGCGUCCAACAUUCUCAUUUCGUUUCUAAAUUUGGGUGUGGACCCGUGGCUGGUCAAACGCUGCGAACUACUCGGCAUCCGCCACCCCACUCCGGUCCAGGCUCAUUGUAUCCCUCCCAUUCUCGCUGGACGCGAUGUUAUUGGCUGUGCACAGACCGGUAGCGGUAAAACGGCGGCGUUUGCGCUGCCCAUUCUGCACACGUUGAGCAAGGACCCGUACGGGCCGUACGCUCUCGUUCUUACGCCCACACGAGAGCUGGCUUUCCAGAUCGCAGACCAGUUUAAUGCGUUUGGCAGCUCGAUGGCUGUACGCUGCGCUGUGAUCGUCGGUGGCGUGGACAUGCUCAAGCAGUCGCUGACGCUGCAGCAGCGUCCACACAUUAUUGUCGCCACCCCCGGUCGGUUUCGCGACCAUCUGCUACGUGCGGACCCGCCCAAUAUCUCGCUAGUCAAAUAUGUGGUUCUGGACGAGGCUGAUCGACUGCUAGACGUGUCGUUCGCUAAAGAUCUGAGCUUCAUCUUCGACAAGCUGCCGACCAAGCGACAGACGCUGCUCUUCUCUGCUACAAUGACGGCGAAUUUGGACAGAUUAGAACAAACUGCGCUCUCCGACGACGCGUUCCGCUUCGAUGCGACGCCUAGUGUGAAGACUGUGGCCACACUGAAGCAGUUUUAUUUAUUCAUUCCAGCACAAGUCAAGAUGACGUACCUCAUGUACUUGAUGAAGAUGUUGGAUCCGAAUGAGGAAGAGGAGGAAGAGAGCAAUCGGAAGGUGACAAAAAGUCGCAAAGGCAAGAAGGAUCAGGAGCUGGAGAAGCUGCUGGAAGCCGCCACCUCGUCUAAGCGUCAAUUGCGCUCCAUGAUGAUCUUUGUAGCCACUUGCAAGAUGUGCGAGUUGGUGGGCGAGAUCGGCAAUGAAUUGGGCACUAAAUGUGUGACGCUGCACUCAAUGCUGUCGCAAAACCGACGUCUGGCUGCGCUGGGUAAGUUUAAGAGCGGUCUGAGUCAUAUCCUCAUCAGUACGGACGUCGCGAGUCGAGGUCUGGAUAUCCCAGAGGUGGACGUUGUGCUCAACUUUGACCUGCCACGCGACGCCGACGACUACAUCCAUCGCGUGGGUCGUACGGCCCGUGCGGGACGCAGUGGCCAAGCCAUCUCUCUGGUGACUCAGCAUGACAUUGAGUUGCUUCAGAACAUUGAGGAUAAAGUGGGGAAGAAGAUGGACGACUACGAGACUGACGCUCCUGAGAAGAAGGUGCUGAAGUUGCUCAAUGACGUGACCACUGCGACGCGUAUCGCCAAAAUGAAGCUGACGGAACGAGGCUUUGACGACAAGGUGCACGCUCGCAAAACGAAACGUCAGGAGCAGCAACACAACAAGAACAAGAAGCCCAAGAAGACCACAGCAGACAAGCAAUAA